GAAUCAUUAUCAGAGCCUAUUCAUUUGUCCUGGCAUGACACCUCCCCAGCGCUAGUCGGCGAUUUAAAACGGCGGACAUGUUAAAUAGUCAUGAACACCGUUUCUCAAGUACCUGGCGGCAGGCCCGGUCCUUUGUUUGGCCGCCGCCCGUCUUUUCAAAUCCAGGUAACAUAAUGCCACCUUUCAAGUAGUCGGGCCGACGGGGCCAUUCAAAUGCAUAUCUUACCAGUUUUCACAAGUCUACCUUGUAAUUUUUACCAUCACAAAAGUUGUUCGGGUUGAUGAAAAGGGUAUCCCUAAACUCCCCUGGGUCUUUUCCUGAGACAAUUCCGGUGUUUUCCACCCCGUUUUCACCUGUGAGGAACCGUUUGCGGUUUUUAUAGUGCGCGGCGCAAAUUCUCACUACCAGUCCGGUAGGUCACGUGAGGACCCCCUGCGAGGCGCCUCCAUGCUCAAAACUUUUGUGGGGAGGUCGCGUUCGGAACCUCAAGUGGCGACCGAGAUUUCUUCUACGGAUUUUACUCGUUUUUCAAGCCCCACGGAUCUUAAAGGCUGUACAGACACCUCUGAAAGGAUUCUGUGAGGAUAUUUCGACAGGAAAACUGUGCCAACAGCGCUGGAAUCGCGCGUAUCGUGCCUGGAUCUCUGGUUGCAGGGGACGCCACGACUGUUACCGACCGGUGGUAGGAACCAACACAUCGUACACACAAGCUCGGCUUUCUCCCGAUCACCGGGCUACUAUCCUGUCCUGUCGGGCUAGACUUGCGCUGCCAGCCGUACGGGAGUCCUAGGGGACACGCUGGCUCCCGCUCGGCGGCGAUGAGGGGCGAUCCUGCCCGGGGAACGUACCGUCGUGAAGCGUGCGAGCUGCACCGAGCCGCGGUUGUGACGCCGGCGGUCGCAGGGUGGUGCUGACACCGCCGCGUGGUGCGCUAUGAGCCGGCGGAACUCUCGGACCGACAUGGUCCCACCAUGGACGCUCCUAGCCUGUUUAUUCCUCCUUCUACACCCCGCCAACAGCCAGUCUCAUGAAGCUACCUUCCAAACGGAAGAAGGACAAGCUGUGGGUACGUACAUCGGUAACAUAGUAGAGGCGUCGGGCAUAACCGGCCCUUUCUACCUGUCCCCGGACCCUAGCGACACUCAGCUACUCCAACAUCUUAGCAUAGAUGAACACACGGGGGUCAUAAGGAGCGGGAUAAGCUUAGACAGGGAGACUAGAGACUUUUACGAACUCCUUGCCGUGAGUACGUCGCAGGGACAGGUCGUGACUGUUAAAGUACAGGUGUUAGAUAGGAACGACAACAACCCUAUCUUUCCGCAGAGCCUGUACCAGUUAGAACUCUCAGAAUCAACACCGGUCGGCGUCAAAAGGAACAUUGACUCGGCCCAAGACGCGGAUGCGGGCGUCUUGGGCGUCCAGAGGUACGAAAUCAACUCUGGCAACAUCGGUAAUGCCUUCAGGUUGGACGCUAGAAGGGGAGGGGACGGCGUUCUGUACCCAGAACUUGUCGUCAGCAAUCCCCUGGACAAAGAGACCACUCCAGAAUAUAAUUUGAUUAUCUACGCCUACGAUGGUGGCACUCCUCCUAGAUCUGGAAGCACAACUGUUAGAGUUACUGUAGGGGAUGUCAACGACAACCAACCCAUCUUUACGCAAAGUAGAUAUUCCGCAGAAGUCCUAGAAAACGCCACUGUAGGCACGAGCGUGCUCGAUGUCACCGCAUCCGACCAAGACGAGGGCCAAAACGGAGUCAUCAUCUAUGGCAUCGACAGGCGACAGAGCGAUACGGAAGAGUUCUUCGCGAUCAACUCGGAAACGGGUGUCAUCUCGGUCAACAAGCCGUUGGAUUUCGAGGACCGAUCCGUUCACGAGUUGAUCGUUUAUGCGCGAGAUAACGGAACACAGCCGGAAAGGACUACAGCAUUCGUGUCAGUUAAUGUCCUCGAUGUUAACGACAACCUUCCAACCAUCGAUAUCACCUUCCUGAACGAGAAUCAGUCGGCUUCUGUCUCGGAAGGGGCAGAACCUGGGGACUUUGUGGCGAGAAUAUCUGUAUCGGACUCCGACAACGGUGAGAAUGUCAAUGUUAACGUGACGCUAGAAGGCGGGGACGGCCGAUUCGGACUGACCACCCAAGACAACAUCAUCUACUUGGUGGUUGUCGCAAGACCGCUGGAUCGCGAGGUUGUACCAAACUAUCAAAUCAGGGUCAUCGCCCAAGAUUCGGGCGCACCACCGUUAACAGUAGACAGAACUAUCAAUCUACAAGUAACAGAUAUCAACGAUAACGCCCCGGAGUUUGUCGGAUCCUACGCACCGUCCCUAUCCGAAGCAGCUCCCAUCGGAACAUCCGUCUUCCAGUUAACAGCUCGAGACCGAGACAUCGGUGUGAAUGCGGAGAUCACGUUUUCCAUCCUGUCAACGCCGGGAACCCGCUCGGAUUGGUUCACUGUGGAUCCUGCGAGCGGUUUGAUCACGACCAGGGCGAUCGUGGAUCGCGAGAUCGACCCUUCCCCUCGGAUUACCAUCGACGCGACCGACCACGGCACGCCGGCAAUGUCUACGACCAUCCAAGUCACCGUUACACUUUUGGAUUUCAACGACAACGAACCGAUCUUCAACCCGACGUUUUACAACGCCACAGUGUUAGAGGACGAGGAUGUUGGACACUGCAUCGUCCAGGUGUCAGCAUCGGACCCAGACGAAGGUGUGAACGGCCAGGUCACGUACUCGCUCCCGCCGACCCCCAUCGCUAGGCAACUGCCGUUCCAGAUCCAGCCGGCCACCGGGUGGAUCUGCAUGACGCAGGCGCUGGAUCACGACACCGAACCCAGCAGGUACGACUUCUCUGUCACCGCGAAGGAUGGUGGGAACCUGGACGCCACGGCCUGGGUCUCCAUCUUCAUCCAGGAUGUGAACGACAACCACCCGGAGUUCUACCCGCUUUCGUACCCGGCAGACGUCCAGGAGAACAGCCCUGUCGGACUGGAGGUGGUCACGGUCUCCGCGUCGGACCGCGACUCCGGCCGCUUCGCUCGGCUCACGUACAGAAUCGUCAGUGGCAACGGUGGCGGGAAGUUUGCCAUCAACGCAAACACAGAUUUCGACUUUGAGUCUGGCGUAGUUAUUCCAACCCCCAAAAUAGUUGCUGGGAUAGAAGGUAGAAGUUUCUAG